ACGACACGCUUCUCUCUUUCUCGCCCAACCCGCCCGACAUCAGGCCUUGCGCUCACUCCCCCAGCAACUCACACCGCCCACCAUGCACCUCUACGACUCGACCAUCCCCUCCGGCAACGCCUACAAAGUCCAGCUCCUGCUCUCCCACCUCCGCACGCCGUACACCACAACCUCCCUCAACAUCCUCUCCACUCCGCCGGAGACCCGUUCGAGCCAGUUUCUAGCUUUGAACCCGAACGGGAGGAUCCCUGUUUUGGUUUUGGAUGACGGCACGCCGCUGGCCGAGUCGAACGCUAUCUUGUUUUAUUUGGCGGAGGGUACGGCAUACCUGCCCGACGAUAGGAUCGCAAGGGCUCAGGUCCUCCAAUGGCUCUUCUUCGAGCAAUACUCGCACGAACCCUACAUCGCCGUCUGGAAAUAUCGCACAUACUGGCACCCCACCGGCUUCUCCGACCUCACCUCGCCACAAAUCACCACAUUGAAAGAACGUGGCCAAGCCGCGCUGGAAGUCAUGGAGCGUCAUCUCGCGGGACGGGAUUGGUUCGUCGGUACGGCGUAUAGCAUUGCAGAUAUUGCGCUUUAUGCUUACACGAGCGCUGCGGAAGCGGUUGAGUUUAGUGUGGGUGCGAAUGUUGCGGCGUGGUUGAGGAGGGUGGAGGGUACGGAGGGGUGGGUGAGGAUCAAGAAGGACGAGACGGGGAAGAACCCGAAUUGACGGCCAUCGGAGAACAAUUCUGUUUCGUCGUUAGAAUGAAUGCCAUGCAAGAUUCAUGGAUCGAAGCACGGAUCAACGGAGAUCCCUGUCCUACCUGUAUUGUCCAGGACGCCCAAGAAGCACCGCAAAGUGGCCGGCGCAGGGCGAUAUGAGCUCUAGUGCUGUCAAGGAUCCCGUGAACGUUCCGGCGUUUGUGGGUACUUUCCUUCCAGACCCUUUCCUUCUCCGGCGCGGAAAGGCGAACAACAGAUAUCACACAAAGCAUGCAGCAACAGACGAGCAAAACAUUUUAUUUUGUCAUUAGAUACAAGAAAUUUACGAAAAAGGAAGGAGUAAUGCAACUAUCGAUCUACGCUCCGGG